CUGGCCGGUGCUGUGCCUCCGCACGUUUGGAAGUUAGGGGCUGGAGGGGCCUGGUCCGGUUACAGCUUUCGCCCCUUUUUCUACCAGCCCUCCCUCCAGGUCUGUCCACAGUUUGCAGCCUCACUUCCCCACCCGGGCCGCCGCUGGAACUCACGUAGCCUUAAAGAAGAGGCCCUCAGAAGGUUCUCUUAAGAAGAUAAAGUAGUGGAAACGAGUCUCCUGAGCUUUUCUGGCCCUAAAUGGCUGCAGAAUCAAGGAAGUCUUCAGCCCCAUCCCCACCAGACCAGGCUCCUGAAGAGGACCUUGUAAUCAUCAAGGUAGAGGAAGAUCAUGGUUGGGACCAGGAGUCAAGUCUACAUGAAAAUAACCCUCCUGGCCAAGAGCUGUUCCGCCUGCGCUUCAGGAAGUUAUGCUACCAAGAGACACUAGGACCCCGAGAAGCUCUGAUCCAACUCCGAGCACUUUGCCACCAGUGGCUGAGGCCAGAUUUGAACACCAAGGAGCAGAUCCUGGAGCUGCUGGUGCUGGAGCAGUUCUUGACCAUCCUGCCUGAGGAGCUCCAGACUCUGGUUAAGGAACAUCAUCUAGAGAAUGGAGAGGAGGUGGUGACUCUAUUGGAGGAUUUGGAAAGGCAAAUUGAUAUACUGGGACGGCCAGUCCCUGCUCGUGCACAUGGACAUAGGGUACUCUGGGAGGAGGUCGUGCAUUCCAAAUCUGCACCAGAGCCUCCGGAUACUCAGCUCCAACCUGUGGCAACCCAGCACGAAUCUCCAGUGCUCCAAGGGCCACAAGACAGAGCCAUAUCUGCUUCACAGAGUCCUACUCCUUCCCAGAAAGGAAGUCCUCGAGACCAGGAGAUGAGAGCUACACUUCUUACAGCAGGGUUCCAGACUUUGGAGAAGAUUGAAGACAUGGCUGUGUCCCUAAUUCGAGAGGAAUGGCUUCUUGAUUCAUCACAGAAAGAUCUGAGUAGAGAUAACAGGCCAGAGAAUUACAGAAACAUGUUCUCCCUGGGUGGUGAGACCAGGAAUGAGAACAGGGAAUUAGCUUCAAAACAGGUAAUAUCUACUGGAAUCCAACCACAUGGAGAGACAGCUGCCAAGUGCAACGGGGAUGUUAUCGGGGGUCUUGAGCAUGGAGAAGCCCGAGACCUUCUGGGCACAUUAGAGAGGCAGCGGGGAAAUCCCACCCAAGAGAGACGACAUAAAUGUGAUGAAUGUGGGAAGAGCUUUGCUCAGAGUUCAGGUCUUGUUCGCCACUGGAGAAUCCACACUGGGGAGAAACCCUAUCAGUGUAAUGUGUGUGGUAAAGCCUUCAGUUACAGGUCAGCCCUUCUUUCCCAUCAGGAUAUCCACAACAAAGUAAAACGCUACCACUGUAAGGAGUGUGGUAAAGCCUUCAGUCAAAACACAGGCCUGAUCCUGCACCAGAGAAUCCAUACUGGGGAGAAGCCGUAUCAGUGCAAUCAGUGUGGGAAGGCUUUCAGUCAGAGUGCGGGCCUUAUUCUGCACCAGAGAAUCCACAGUGGGGAGAGACCCUAUGAAUGUAAUGAGUGUGGGAAAGCUUUCAGUCAUAGCUCACACCUCAUCGGACAUCAGAGAAUCCACACUGGGGAGAAGCCCUAUGAGUGUGAUGAGUGUGGGAAAACCUUCAGGCGGAGCUCACAUCUUAUUGGCCAUCAGAGAAGCCACACUGGGGAGAAACCCUACAAAUGCAAUGAGUGUGGGAGGGCCUUCAGUCAAAAGUCAGGCCUUAUUGAACAUCAGAGAAUCCACACUGGAGAAAGACCCUAUAAAUGUAAAGAAUGUGGGAAAGCUUUCAAUGGGAACACUGGCCUCAUUCAGCAUCUGAGAAUUCACACAGGGGAGAAGCCCUAUCAAUGUAAUGAGUGUGGGAAAGCCUUUAUUCAGAGGUCAAGUCUCAUUCGACAUCAGAGAAUCCACAGUGGAGAAAAGUCUGAAUCUACGGGAGUUUAGGAAAAAACUUUAGUCAUAGAUUGGGCAUUAUUCAGCAUUAGAGGAACCAUGUGCUAGUGAGAGGUCUUUCAGUGUAACAAAAAGGCAGAAAGUUCAGCAUCAUUACAACCUUAUCUAGGGUCAGAAUUGAUAGUGGUGACAAAGUUAGAAUAGCUCUUCAGUAGUUUGGGCACAGUGCCUUGAUGCAGGUUGAUUAGCUUGACUAUCUUGGGAGGUGUCUGAUGGAGUGGAGCUCCUGAUGGCCUAAGGUAUCCUUUAGAAGCUUAAAAUAGCAUUAGAGCAAGUUGCUCGUCACGGCUUGAGGCACUUAACUUUGUCUUUUUGGUGAGUAGCUAUAGGUUUGAGAGAGGCUACUCCUCCUAGUUCCUCUGUUUCUUCCCAUCUGUGAUCCCUUCUCCCAUUUAUUCCCCUAAAGGUGCACUUGUGCUCCUAAUCUGACCUAAGAAGCUGCUUUAGAGUUUGAAGCAGCCUCUGUGUGAGACUUAUAUUUAGCUUUCUAAGAUCCUAGUUCUAGGGAAAUUUUUACAGACAUCUCAUGUAUUUAUGCUUAAGUGUGCAUUUUAUUUUAUUCUAAUGCUCCUGAUAGUGGAAAUCCAUAUUCCCAUGCAAACUCAGAAUGCUAUAUUUUUAACAGCACUCCAGCAUUUUUCUUCAUAUAUCACCUUCACUGACUCCACUGAGUCAUUGAGCAUCCAUACGUAUCCUUCACCACUCCCAGUCCCAGUACCUGUGUCAGCGAGGAAGUGGACGCAUUAGUGAUGGUUGUGGGAAUGAUGCAGAGAAAGAGGUGAGUGGAGACUCAGCCCCGCUGCUCUUGAGCUUGGAUGGUUGUGCCUUUUGGUGACUUCUGACUCUGCUUUCCACCUUCCCACUGUACACUGUGGUACAAAUAGGUGUUUACACUAUCCUCGUUAAGGCAUCACAUGGGGAAAAAAAAGGAGACAGGUGCUUGAAGAAGACAUAAAAAUCCUUACAAAGAAUGUAUACUCAUCUCUUUUGGCCCAUUACGGUACCACUCUCUCAGGGGUCUGCACAAACCCCCUGACUAGAUGGUCUACACUCUUGUCUUUACCCUGGACCCACCUCCUUAGAUGGCCUCAGUACCUCCCUCAUUCUUCAUCUCUUUCUUGCCAUAUCUACAGCGGUAAUCAGUUGAAUACUUCACUUCACAGUUCCUCAUUCUUCUGAAUUCUGGUGCACUCCAUCUGUAAUCCAGCAAAGACACAGUAUUAAACUCAUCAUCACCAAGCACUAUAUUUCAUCUUUGAAGCUUUCAAUAUACCAGGGGAUAUUGUAUAAAGUAAUGAGGCUGGUUUAAAGUAACACCUACAACUUCCAGAAGAAUCCAAAUAUGGGUUGUCCUUUAAACUGGGCAGUUCUAGCUAUUCCAGUAGUGCUAUUAUUCCAAGUGCUACCACUCCUCUAGAUAUUUGGAACAUUCUCAAGGUUCCUAUUUAAUAGACCAUACAAGAAAACUCUAUUACUCUUGAAUUUCAUCUCAUUUUUGACCACUUGAUUACUCACUUAUUCACCAUAUUUGGAAUUGAAUAACUUUUGGCUGUUUCCAAAAUCAGCUGUCAGAAUUGGAAUUAAUUCCAUUAAUCCUAUCCAGAAGAAAAUGAUACACAUUGUGAUGAAAAUUCCAAGAGAAAUUAUGAAAUUUCACACUGUGACUAUCAUGAACAGGGACAGCUUUCUAAUCAUGUUGUUUUAUGAUUGAUGUUUUCAAAAAUCAGUUAUAAAAUCAGGUAUCAUAGAGGUCCACCUUUUGGAUCAUAAAUUCCUUCCCUAUAACAUCCCUUCCCUACCCCAGUAUGGCCCAUAUUGACCACUAAUAACAUCAGGGUUAUCUACAUCUAUUUCAUUGAACCAUUGGUACCCACUUGUCAUUCGUCAUCCUGGUUUCCUUGGUUAACUUCUUCAAAACAAUGCUUUUCAGUAUCCUUUAUUUUCUUAUCUUCCCUCCUCCCUCCUCCCUCCUCCCUCUCCCUCUUUUUGGCCUAUAGAUUACUAUUCCUAAUUCCCUGGUACUUGAAAUUACAAGAAACCAGAAAUAAAUCUAGUUGUCUCUAGAUCCUUGCUCUCCACUUUAGUUGUGCCUUAUUGUCCUUAAGAUACUAAUUCUACCUGAGGCAAAUGCUACCUGUGUACAGAUAUUACAUAGGAUGAGUACAUUGUCAGGGAGAGAGUAUGUGUGUGUGUGCAUGUGCAUGUAUACACACACUCCUCCCAUGUAUUGAUAGUUUAGGGGAACAGUUGUCUCCUAUUCCAGUGAAAGCUCUCAGCAGAGUACCAUAUUGAAAUGACUGUAGAUGUACCAGUUAACAUCUCUACUCAGAGUAAUGUGUAGCCAGACUUAAAUCUCAGAAUUACUAAUAUCUGGCAGAAAUUUAAAGAAAAUAUGACCAGAAAGAUUACUAUUUUACUGGGAUGCAUGUGAGAAAAGAAUAUGACUUGAAAGAACGAUAUAUACCAAGGCUGAUUCAGCACACCUAUAGAGAUAGCCAAGUAGUAUAAGACAGUAGAAAAAGGCUAUUGUUUCUUUGGGGGCAUAAGUAGAAGCCCAUUCUUGGUCUCCUGUUUUCACUCUUAGCAUUAGAAUAUUGUUGAUCACUCUGUAUGACCUUAUUUUGCUCCUAACUAUGAGUGACAUGCACUAAGUUCCUUUAUCCUGCAUAUUCUGUUUUUAUGCUCUUAAUCUGAAAUGAACUGUUCACCAGUACUUUCUUCUCCCAUCCUCAGCUUUUCAUUUUAGGACCUGGUGUAAUAAAGUGGUUCUUCCGUAACUGUUGCGAUCCAGCAUAGUCCUAGUAGAGACAUCUUAGGUUUCAAAGAUUUUCUCCAUUGAGUAAGGUGGCAGUGCUAGAAUGCAGUGAUUGAUUCCCAUAUGGGAACAGUUUUACUCUUGGUUCUGAGGCUCUAGAUAAUAAUAGCUGACAUUUAUUGAGCACUCACUAUGUGCCAAACCCAGUGUUACAUAUUUCUUAUGCUUAUGGUAGAUAUUGUAUACUCCACUGUAUGGAUGAGGAAACUGAGGCUUAGAGAGCUGAAUGAGUUGAUCAAGAUCACAACUAGUAAGUGAUAGAGCAGGGAUUCUAACCUACAUAGUCUGAUUCUCAAGCCUGUGCUCCUGACAGCUGGUCUGCUGUGUCUCUAAUGAACACCCUAACCCUGGCCAGCCAUUUAAAAAUUAUGUAUUCCUGGGCUUCCCUGGUGGCGCAGUGGUUGAGAGUCCGCCUGCCGAUGCAGGGGACAUGGAUUCGUGCCCCAGUCCGGGAAGAUCCCACAUGCCGCGGAGCGGCUGGGCCCGUGAGCCAUGGCAGCUGAGCCUGUGUGUCUGGAGCCUGUGCUGCGCAACAGGAGAGGCCACAACAGCGAGAGGCCCGCGUACCGCAAAAAAAAAAAAAUAAAAAAUUAUGUAUUCCUGGUUACUGAGGGAGGAAAUGUGCACUAUAGUGCAAAUCCAUACAGUUACUGGAAAAUUGGUUGAAAAUGCCAUUUUGGUUUAUAAUUAUAUCAUCUUUAAAUGUUGAUACUUUUGAUGCUUUGUAGUACUAGAAAGCUAAAUUCUGCAAGGAAAACAUGUUUAAAGAAGUAAAACAUUUUUAAAAACUGGGAGGACAAAGCAGUAACUUAUAGAUUCAAGUACAUUUCUUUCUGAACUGCCCCAGGGAAAGUAGCAUUGUGGAGGGAAAUGAAAUAUCCGUGCCCUAGGCCAGGCAGAUGGACAGUCAGGAUGACACCAGUAAGUUCAUCUACAGCAUAAAAUGUGUAAAAGCUUCAACUUUACUGCUCAUUUCCAACUACCAUUUUAUUCUUCUGUCAUUCAUGGUUUCUCAAACAUGUCAUCCAUUAUUAAACCCCGUUUCCUCAUUAAUCUAUUCUUAAAACUUCUCCUUGUUGGCUUUUGUAUUCCACUGAAAUAUCCUCAGAAUCAUCAGUGGAUAAAUAUUAAUGCCUUUUCUUAGUUCUUGUCCUUCUAGAUCUAUAUUUCAUACUUGGGAAUUUCCCCUGCAUCUCAGGGAUUCUCCUUUGACUUGUGGGAUCCUUUUUGGUCAGUUUCUUCACUUUUAGCUUUUCUUUGUUGGUCUUUUCUUCCUCUCCACUGAGAAAAUCUCCACGUCUUAAUUUUAUUCACUACUUUUUCUAUACUCCUAUUUAACCAUUGUGAUUGUUUACACUUACCUUCUUAUAUUUGAGUAACUUAAUAUUUCCUGCCCUGUGGGCUGUCUCCCACAGGUACUAUAGGUACCUGUGAACUUUUCCACAGGUACCUAUACAACUUGGUAUUUGAAAACAACUCAUCACUCUGUCCCCAACCCCUGUUUUCCUUUUAAAUAGGCAUCUUUGCUUAACAUCUUUACCCUGAACAGACUCACUACCCUUCAUAUUUCUUAUCCCAAUCUUAAAGUGGUCUUUUAGUCUUUUUCUGGUCUCCAUCGUUCAUGUCCAAAGUCUUGCUAAGUUGUACCAAUUCUUAGUCAGUUUUCUCCUUGAGGCUGGACUUUUUUACGUUUCUGCUAUCCCUUCAUAUCCUUCUCUGCAGAUCCAUAUCAUCUGAGGCCCAGGUUAUUGUAAUUCUUUCUUUUCAGUUUACUUACUCCCAAGAUCCCCACCUUGUAUGCUUCCAAGAUGGUCCUCCUCAAACUCCAUUUUCAUGAUAUCUCAUUUUCACUGAAGAACACCCAGCAAAUAAUUCCUAUCAGAGCAAUGAUGUUCAAAGCUCUCCAUUACCUUGCCCUCCAUACUUAAUCUGCCUCAGCUUCAUUACUGUCUAGCAUAUUCACCUUGAUUUAUCAUGGUUAAACUUCCUGUGACCUUCCACUGUUGUCUUAUAAGCCCUUGCCUCUGUGCCUUUCUCAUGCUGUUCCUUUUGCUUAGAUUUCUCUUUGGCCCCAGCUCAUGUUCAUUACUCCCUUCAAAGCCUAGCUUCCAUUACAUCUUCUGAAUGAGCUCUCCCUGAUGAUUUCAUCUCACACUGAGACCUCCCUUAUUCUGUGCUGCCUCAGCACUGAUCUUUUGAGUUUUUACUAUGGUCCAUGCAGUUACUAAUAUGUUGUUUUGUAAUUAUUUUCUACCAUUCUGUAUUGUAGUUUCACAUUUGUAUUUAUUUCCCAAGUUAAAUUGUAAGCUCCUUGAGGGCAGGAAUAAUAACUUUUACAUUUGUAUCUUUGCACCCCUUAGUGCCUAGAACAGUGCUGAGCACAUAGUAGGCGUUUAAUAAAUGCUUGUCGAAUUAUUGUGUGGAUUAUUUUUUUAUAUACAGAAAAUUUUACACUGCUUUUGAGGAUAUAUGUCUCUUCUUAUUUUGUGCACAGACCCAUUUCCAUUGUACAUCAAUAACUGCCUGUACCUAAGACUAAAGACCAAAAAAUUCAACUUUAGGAGGGUAUGUGUGAAAAGUUGAAAUGUGAAGCUUUCUGUUUGUUUGGUCAGAGUUAUUUAUUGGUUAAGAAAGAAAAUAGGAAACUCUAAAGAUUACUGUUUAUCGUUGCAAAAGUGCUUGAGAAUAGGCUUUUGUAUCUCAAGUUAGACUGGUGGUUCUCAACUGGAGAAAUCUGGCAAUGUCUGGAGACAAUUUCAGUUGUACCUUUAGUGGCUGGCUGGGAUACCACUGGCAUCUAGUGUUAAGGCUGGAGAUGUUGCUAAACAUCCUGCGUGCACAGGACAACCCCCACAACAAAAGAAUUAUCAAAUUCCGUAUGUUUAAUAGUGCCAAGGUUGAGAAACCCUGGUCUAGAUAUAUUUAAGGUAAAUAGGAAAAAGAAGAGAGAUGAAAUACUAGAUUUUUUUUUACAAUUAGAAAAAUUAGCUAUACCAAGCUUUAUGAGAAUCCUAAGUGUUUAUAUAUUUUGUAGUUUGUAAGAUUAGAAAAAGCCUUAACGUUUGGAGUUUACAGCAACAUACCUGUAUGUUUUAAGAUUGCUUUCAGCAUCAAAUCUGCCUCCAUCCUUUAUACCAAGUGGAAGAUGUUGUAGGAGUACAAGUCUAGUUUUAGCCUUCUAUAUCUUGGUUCAUUACAUAAAAUACAAGGUAAAACACUGGGGCCUAUCUCUUGAGCAGGGGGCCUGCAACUUACCAAAGAUUUAGCUUUGGGGACAACACAUGACCCUCGACAGUCCCUUGGACAGCCACUAGACAGGAAUAACUCAACUUCCCAAGGAAACCCCAAGCCAGAACGUUGUCAAAGUUUGCCAAGUAUUAAAACACAUCCCCACUUAAAAAGUUUUUAACAUACUCUGUUAAUCCUACUUAAGAAACACAUGUAGGGGGAAAUAUUAGUAGGAAAUUUAGUUAAUUAGGAAAUUGAGUAGUGUAAAAGAAGACUUUUAAAAAACUAGUCUCCUUUUGUAACUCAAUGGUACUUCCUUCAACAGGUUUAAAGAGUAACAAUCCCAGAGUUAGAAAAAUCAGUUUAUGUAAUACAGCAAAGAAAUAACUGUGUUGAUCUGUUGUGUUUACUCAUACAGUCUAUAGAAUGCUAGGUUUGGAAGUGACUUUUUUUUUUUUUUUUUUUGCGGUACGCGGGCCUCUCACUGAUGUGGCCCCUCCCGCUGCGGAACACAGGCUCCGGACGCGCAGGCCUAGCGGCCAUGGCUCACGGGCCUAUCCACUCCGCGGCAUAUGGGAUCUUCGCGGACCGGGGCACGAACCCGUGUCCCCUGCAUCGUCAGGCGGACUCUCAACCCUGGAAGUGACUUUUGAGAUCAUUUUCCAGCCCGUUAUUCUGUAAAUGAAGGUCCAGAGAGGCCAUGUGGCUUGCACCAGGUCACCCAUUAAGUUAGUGGUACAGGCGAAACUAGAAUCCAGGCUUGCUGAGGCUUUGCCUAUUUCUUUUUUGGCUAGUCAUGACCCUUGUUUUAUGUUCUUGUUUCAUACUGUGCCAUGGGAUGUAUUCAUACUUAUUGCCUCCACUUGUAGUGUUUCAUUUUAGGAAUUAUUCCUUUCAUCAGCUUGUAUGUCCAAACGAGUAUACUGACUGGUGUCUUGAGUUAAAUUCUUUAAUAAACGACUGAGUAGUCCAA